AUGACAUACAAUCUGAGUUAUAUAAUCAAAGAAUCAUUACUACCAGAAGAAAAAGAAAUGAAUGAAGAGGUGAGUAUUGAAAAAGGCAAUAAGACAAGUAACAACACAGAGGAAAUUCAAGCAGAAGUAUUAAAGGAAUUAAGCCAUAAUGAGGAUGAACAAAUUAUUAAGCCAGUAAUCAAUUUUGAUAUCAGUAUACUCAAAAAUGACUCUGUAGUACUGAUCAAAGAACUCCUGACACCAAUGGAAACUACAUGA